CCAGAAGUAUUCAAAAUGGCUUGUUUACGCGAUGUUCAAAAGUUAUUUAAGGAUAGAAAUCCAUUCUUUGCAGGAUUCGGAAAUAGGAUAACGGAUGCUUUGUCUUAUCGAAGUGUGAAUGUUCCUUCAUCAAGGAUUUUCACAAUUGAUUCAAAUGGAGAAGUAAAACUCCAAUUAUUAUCAGGAUACAAAUCAUCAUACAUUGAUUUAAGUGAUUUAGUUGAUCAAAUGUUCCCUCAUAUCGGUAGUAAAUGGGACACGGUAUAUAAUGAUUUUAACUAUUGGAAACCCGAAAUGCCAGAAAUAGAAUUACCUCCAGAAAUUUAUGAUUCGUUGAAAGCAUCAGAAAAACCACAAAAAGUGUCAGCUGUAAUAAUAGAUUCUCCAAAACGGGGGAUGAUUCAAACAUUGAUUAGUGGUGGAAGUAACGGACAAACUCCAACCAAUUCUGAGCCUACCUCUUCUUCGUCAUCACUCAAAUCAUAUGAUAAUUUAUAUAACAAAGAUUUGCAUGGUAAACGUAAACAACACUUGUUUUAUGUUGGGGGAGAU